AUGAGCAUUUCCGUGAACGGGCAGUCGGUGGUGCCGCCGGGGUUCCGGUUCCACCCGACGGAGGAGGAGCUGCUCACCUACUACCUCACCAAGAAGGUGGCCCCGCAGCGCAUGGACCUGGACGUCAUCCGCGACGUCGACCUCACCAAGCUCGAGCCAUGGGACAUCCAAGAGCUCUGCCGGAUCGGAACAGGCCCGCAGAACGACUGGUACCUGUUCAGCCACAAGAACAAGAAAUAUCCAACGGGGACGCGCACCAACCGCGCCACGGCCGCCGGGUUGUGGAAGGCCACCGGCCGGGACAAGGCCAUCUACUCUGCCGCCGGCUCCAGCCGCAUCGGCAUGCGCAAGACCCUCGUCUUCUACAAGGGCCGCGCCCCGCACGGCCACAAGUCCGACUGGAUUAUGCACGUGUACCGCCUCGACGACGCCACAACCCCGGGAAACAACCCGGGUAACCCAGCCGCCGGCAACGCCCCCUACUACUCCGGCGCCUCAUCCCUGAUGGGCGGCGUGGCAGGGGACCAGUCGUCGGCGCAGGAGGACAGGUGGGUCAUCUGCAGGUUGUUCAAGAAGAAAACAUCGCCGUGCAGCACCUAG